CAUAAUGGCUAUGAAGUCGGAAGCCUUUGAUGAUAGCAAGUCCUUUGCUAACUCACCCCCCUCGUAUGACACAAUUUCUACAACCGGAUUGUCAACUGAUUCUAUCAAAUCCAAACGACCAUUUAUAUUCUCCUCUCAAUCAACCAAGCAGGAACGUGCCACUGUUCUAUCUCGCAUUCGUGAUCUUGUCUCCACUCAAACUUUCACCACCUCUUUGUCCAUUGACGAAACUGUCAAUGACUGCGCUUCUACUCUCUCAGCUGCACAGUUCUCAGACCUCCUACAGACUCCUAAUAUCGAGGGCCAUACAGCGCUAUAUUGGGCAAUUGUGAACCACCGGCGAGAAGCAUUUUUGGCGUUGGCUAGUUUUAUUUCCAAAUAUUCGUCUAAAUGCUCUUCCGACUUGCGUCUUGCAUGCAUGCAAACUAGCAACCAAGCAUUAUUCUCGCAGUUAUCAGUCAAGGACGAGUCUUUGAGGCAAUUUUUGGGCUGUCCACCAGAUGAUAUUGAGAUACAUGAAGGGAGAGGAUUGGACGACCACCAGUUCACUGCUUCUUUCCGGAUCAGGAUGUUUCAGAAACGCCUGCGCACUACAGAAAAGUUAAAUUGUGAAUUUGUUGGGGGAGGUAUGUGGUCCAUGCCCUCGUAUUGUCCCUCACGCUGGUACAAUGAUGCCAUCUCCUGCAGGACGUAUAUGGUGGUUGAGCUUUGAUAUGGGGUCCGAGUCGAAAUGGCGCGGCCGCUUUGGUCUCUCUUCGCCUAGCCUUCCAGCUUGUCCAAAACUUUCAUUUGUAAUAGAAGAUCACAGAAGGAAAGGGGAACCUGCCUGUGAGGUGCCGCCUAAAGUGCUGCAGCACGUGGGCUUUAAAUUUGUAGAGACACUCGUGCCGUUUGGGUAAGUUUUAACUACUCAGACCCAUUUGAAGCUGAGGUACCGAUGCAUUCACGGCAGAUACAAAGGCAAUGUAUCUGGCAAAGGAGUAAGUCUUUCGCUUCCUCAGCUUGAUCCUUGCAGUAUUUUUUCGGAACGAUGAUUGUAGCGACCGACAUGUUUCGCAACUCUUCUCCUUAACGAAUUCAACUGACUGUGCUGUUGCAGAAAUCCCGUACAUGUAGACUCUG